UGACAACACAUGAUGUAGUCUUUGAAUUUGUGUGAUUAAAAUACCUGAAGAAUGUCACUGAAUCUUUUCAUGCCAUUGAUUCAACGCGCAGCCUCUACGCAACCAGUUUGUUUCUGCCUCCUCUGCUUUUUGUCGCAUUGGAUUUAAAGGCGAAGCAGAGUUGGAUAUUUCACUAAAUUGGACCCCAAGUUAUAGUAGGUUCCACGGCGGCUGUAUUUCUCCAAGCUAGCUGUCUGAGAUAUCGGGGAAAUAAUGACUGUCAGUGACCCGGACUGCGUCCUCUGGUGAUUUUGAGUGACAGACGUGACGCUGAAAACCCCGCCAGGGAGGUCGAGACACCCGGCGAAGAAACGGUCGGACAGCCGGGGACUACACUGGAAGUCUUCCAGCUGGCCGACUGAGCAGGUAGGAUAGAUGUUAGACAUCAGAGUAUCGAUGUCGUGCAAUGUCGUGGGUUGGAUGAAAACAUGUCACAGCCGAUGUAGUGUCAAUAAAUAAACCAGCAACCGCCGGACCGAUUAAUGAUUUUGGGGAGCAGCUGAAAAUCUAAACUUCAUCUGGAAAUUGCACAAUUUAAUCCUGCGUGUCUAUUCGGAGACAAAUAAUCGAUUGUUGCAAAUGAUGGUGAUAUUUCACAAAUAGAUUGACUGCGGUUUUUAAUACGGCGUUGAAUUCUCCGAGAAAAACCUUGUUUCAAGGAUUUGGUUUAGGAGUUUGUCCUCCUGUAUCAUGAAUCCACCGCUCCAAGUGAUCUGCAGUGGUCUGUGGUCAUAAGUGUGACUCUGGUUAGAAAAAUAUAUAAUUACUUUGAUAUAUAGUGCGUCACAGGAAAUCAUUUUAUGCCGAGUAUUUCUGGAAGUACUGCUGAUGUGUCACAUUGAUCAGUUACCAAGUGUUGUAUCUCUGUCAUUUAUAAAACCAAUAAUAAGCCCAAAUUGUCCUGAUAUUAAAAGGAGUUUGAUUAUGUACAUUGAACUUGGCGUGUGUGACAUGACACAUCUCAGCACUGCAGGAGGACCUGACAGUAAAUUGUCAUGAAGACUGUUUAUUAAUCUGUGGCUUGUGGUUGUGUGACACUUUAAGAUGAUGUUGAAUUAAUAGCUCUUUUCCAGCUCUUCAUUCAAGAGAGCUGCAAGUACAAAUGAGGCAGCUAUUGUUAGCUGCUGAGUAACAACCACAGGCAGGUGACACACCUGGAACUGUGAUAUAUUGUUACUAUUGUUUUAAUCCUGCAUGAUAAUAGUGUCAGAGCAGUUAUCCUGUUCAUUUUUAGAAAUGUUCCUCACUUUUUGUUCAUUAUUUCUAUUAAAGGAAUUUAGUAACGAGUGAUGAUCAUUGAAAGAUUUUAUUCUCAUUACCCCCACUGACCAGACAGGAGUGGACCUCACAAACAAGAGGACUCAGUGAUUAACACAAGGGGGCUCCUGUCCAGAUAACCCACCCUGCUGGAUCAUGGGAAACCAAAACGGCAAGGAGAGCCACAGCCAAACAGGUAUCAAAAAAAUUAAAAUCACUAAGUCAUACCAAAUGUCGUCGAUAAAAAAAAAAUACUUGUGUGUUUGCUGCACUGCACAUGGCCUGCUCUCUGAGUUCGGUUGAAUUGACACCUUUAAUUUGUUCAUAUCAUUGAACCAACAAUCUAUUUUUAGACUACUGUCACCCUGCUUCUGAUCAGCACAGAACAUGCCAUGUGUUCUUGGUUUAAUUGCCAGCUCUGUUCCUCCUAAUCCAGGUGAAAAUAAACGGGUUUAAACUCAGAAAGAGAGAAAAAAAUGUCUUUAGUUGGUGUUCUAUUGUGAAGCAUUCAAGUAACGGGCUCUUUUGUUUCCAAGAAUGUUUUGAGCUUGUCACUCUUAUUCAUGACAAAAGAACAGAAAUCUUUAGAAAAUGCUCAUAAAGGAAGAUACAAAAAAGAGAACACCAGAGGAUUAUUGUGUAUGUCUGUUAAAGAGUUUAAGCUUUUUCUGGCUUAAACACAGAGUAAACAGUGAGUGCAGUGGUUUUUUUAAUCUGUUCCUUGAGUUCUAAAGAAAUAUGACAAGGACCAUGCAUUAUGUCAUUUUCUUUACCUACAGUGCAGACACAAAUCAUGUUCCUAGCCAUAAGACACCACUAACCCCAAGGAAAGUAAAAAAUCUGAACAACUAUAAAGUUUAUACAAGGUUUUGUGUAGAUAAAAACCCAUUUACGAUCUAGAGGUGUUGCUAUUGUGUUUGUGUGAAUGAAACUGCAGUGCCAGGUGCUGUGUAAUUGCUGAAACGUGAGGGAAAGAUGAAUCAGAAGUCUUGGUGUUCAAUAAAAAAACUGCUUCCCAGAGGAUUCUGUUUUCAGCCUAUCUCGUGCCUCCAGCAUCCUACAGCUCACAGCCAGCUGUCAUUUAGCUUAGCGCAUGUGUGAAUUUUCCCUGCGCAGUCUCACAGAUCUGGUUGUGUAGACUCUCAGCCCAUUGUUGCUUACUUUUAAUUCUCAUGUACAGCUGUUGAAAAUGCUGCUGUCUGUUGCCCUUUUUGCUGUUAGCAAGCAGGGAGUAAACUCAAGCUAGAAGAUGAGAAUAGCUCGUAUGCUGUAGCCGAGCAGACUACAUCAUGCUUCUGCUGCUGCUGCUGGCAAAGAAAUGAUGAGUCUGCAGAAUCCUGCAGUAUGACACAAGGGCAAGGAGGAUGAAUGAGCUGGAAAAGACGUACUAUGAACAGGUGGUGCACCCUGUAGCAUGUACGGUACAACCUAUACACAACAUAAACAGAACAUAAAAAUCACAAAGACAGGUGAUACAUUUUACUCUUAUAACACAGAAACCACAGAAAGUCCCCAAAUUCAGUCCAGGUUCUGUGAAAUGUCAGUCUGAGGUGUAGGGUUUAUGCAGGUGGCACAGAUGACCAAUGUAAUCUCCUCCUGGCUGCAGUGAGAGCAGCUGUUUGAUAGCAGAUCAGAGUAAAAUCGCCUCACUUCCUGGAUCUUGCCACAUGGGGGAACAGUGUGCAAGUAUUAGCCUGCCAGGACUUGAAGAGGGGAGAUUUUUUUGCUGCAUCAGUCAGCUCAGGACUGUAAAUAAGGGAGUGGACACAGAGUGCUUACAUCUACUCUGAGAAUAAGAAGAGGGGGCUCUGCAUUCAGGUCAGGGAAAUCUCUUCUUUGCCUUUUUCACUUCUCUGAUGAUCUCUUCUUUUAUUUGCUCCCUUUCUGUUUGACUUUCUUUCCCCCUCUCAGGCUCUCCUUUAGAUUUCUUCCACACGCCUCCCACCACGCCCUCAGAUGCUGAGCUGACUGCCAUGGCCUUGUCCUCUGCAGCUCCCUCUAAUAAGGCACAGACGCCGUCACCAACUGGCAGCAGCAGCACCCCCUCCACCACCUCUCCAAUCGCAGACUUUGCACAGAAGUCGCCUGCUCCCACAGAAUGGGCUGUGAUAAGCAUAGACAGCGUGACCUGCUCAGAGGCUAAUGUGUGCAAUGCAGCAGCGAAGCACAGUAAGUCAGAGCUCAGUCCCAGCAGCCCAGCAUCCCUGCCUCCAUCCAGAGCAUCGCCUUCAGAGCAGAGCUGGCACGAGCGGGACAGCGGGGUGGAGCCGCAGCCUGCAACAGAAAGAGCCAGUGAGGAGAUGACCCUGGUUUUACUCAGUCUGAUGGAGCACUACAGGGCUUCUUUGGGCCUGAGCCCCAACACUGAUUUAACCACAGGAGCAGUAGGUAUGUGCUCUAUGUUAAAAACAAAAGUAUUUCAUAACUUCUGCUGAAGACAUUUGAACAUCUUGCUUAAAACUGUAAAUGUGGUUCCUAAAGUAGACUUUAAGUUAGGAGUAUAUUGUCUUUUAUACUUAUGGACAAGAUCGAUAGGAUGAUAGAAACAAAAGAGAGGUUGUUUGGUGAGAUUAAAGGCACAAACUGAAGACAGAAUGGUGAAAGCACAUACAGAAUAUUAAGACUUUAAGCCACCAUUGCUGGUCACAUUAAAAACACAGGAUUCUGCAUUUUCAUCAGUGAAACUCUAGCAUCUUUUUUGCUGUCCUGCAAUCCAUUGUAAUUGGAGCUUGGAAAAACACUAUCACAGCAGAGUGCAAUAAAAAAAAUGAUUCAAGCUGGAAACUUGUGCAAGAUCUGUCAUGAUUUUUGUUUUUGCUGCGACAAAGUGGCAUCUAUUCGUUCAUAACAGUUGAUGGAGCUCCUUUUGAAGCCAUAUCUUUGCUGUUUCUUCUAAAGUGUGCCACACUGAUCAGCUUCUGUAGUGUCUUCCGUAGGUGCUUGUUAAGUUCAGAGACUCUCCAUACUCACAUCAGUUUACUGCAGGCAUCUGUAAAUCACAGAGCAGAUCCAUUUGGGACAUCUGAGAUUGGGAGUGAGGAUUUAUGAGCUAAAGACUUGUGAGUUGCAGUGGUUUGCAGUUUUAUACCACCUCUGCUUGGUAAAGGGCUAUAAUCUUCCUACUCCAAUCCUUCCUCCAGUAUUUUAGUUGACAUAUGGAGUUUUCAAGCUUAAAUUAAAAUAACUCUAAAAGCUCCGGCUGACUACACAAAAUAAAAAUAAAAAGUCACAGGAAAGUUGUUGUAAUUGUACAAAACUUGAAUCUAUUUUUUUUUUUUAAAUCCCUGUAUGCUUCUUCUUUUUGGCUCAACUCUUAGAGCUGCUUAGGCGCCUGAUAACAGAGAAAGAUGAGCUGGUUGAGGAGGUGGACACACUGAGGGAGACGCUAAGGGUGAGUUGGAAGUGAAGCCAACACUAAUGCUGCAUUUCAGUUACCCCGGAAGUCGGAGCUGGGAAUGACGUUACACCCGAGUUGACGGCAUUCCAGUAAAUAAAUCAGAAAACCAAGAUGGACGCCUACUGUUAGCUGUUGUUAACGAUUGUCAGCUGUCAUUAGCCGUUGUCAGUUGAUGUUAGCGGUUGUGAGCUGUUGUUAAUUGUUGUUAGCUAUACCAGUUGUAAACAACGCACAACACAGUAUUUUACUCUUACAAACACCAUAGCGCCAUGUUCACAGUUAUCACACUUACUUAAUUUCACAAAAGCAAAACAGAAGUGCUAAUAAAUAAUAAAUUAUGAGAGCUUUCACUGUUACUCUUUACUGUGCUGCCAUCUUGGAUUAUGACGUUGUCAUCAAGUCAGGGUUGGUGAGGAUCGUUCGACUUUCCGAGUUGGAAAUCCAACUUCAGGGGGGCGUUCCUGAUGAAUUUCAGACUUGGAGCUCGGAAAUUCCGACUUCCGAAUACAACUGGAAUGCAGCAAAAGAGUUUCUAUAUUAAAUCCGUUUUUUUUAAUCUAAGUAUUAAAAUGUCACAUUGAGCCAAAAAGGUUCAUCAUUACUUAACUCUCUCUUUUUUUUCAUAUUUGUAUGUAGAAAAGAUCAGAGGUGUCAGGGCUCUUAAGCACAACACCAGUUUUGAUAUGAACAAGGAAAGAGGUCACUUUGCAUAUGUUGGUUUUAUGGCUCUAUUUAAUCUCCUUCAUGGCAGACAGAGAGGCUGGAGUGGCAUCAAUUCCAGAGCGACCUCCAAGUUGCAGUGUCUGUGGCUGACCGGCUACGUAUGGAGUCAGAGCAGGCUCUGGAUCUCCUCCAGGAGGACCACCAGGCUUUAAAAGACAAGCUGGCCCAGGCUCUCAGCAGACAGCAGGAAAAGGAGCGAGAGCUGGAGAACCUGAGAGCCGAGCACAGAGAUGUUUGCCUCAAACUGACUGAACUCUCCAAACAGCAGCAAAGGGAGUGGGCUGAGCUAGACACCCUGAGGAACGCCUGCAAAGUGACAGACUCAACAGCCUGUGAUAAACAGGCAGAGACACAAGACUCUGAUGAGGGGCAAGGGGAGGAAAUACAAAAAGUCCUAGAGGAAAAACCCAGGGAAGAUCAAACUGAAGCAAAUGUUGAAAAGCAAGAAGAGACUGACACAAAUCAAAAGGUAGAUUCUCAAACUACAGAUCAUGAUCCCAAAGAGCCGAAUGGAUCAGAGAGCCAGCAGCUAAAAGGGAAAGGGGUGGCAAAGGGAUACCUUCAAAACUUGGCUGCACUAGAGAAAAAGAAAGAUGAGGGGCGUGGUCAGAAGGAUCCAAGGAGGAUUUUAAUGCUGUCAGAAAGAUCCUGGUGAGUCUACAUUAACCCUCAUAACACCGUUUACCUAAUCAAAAGAGGAUAGUGUUUUACAGAUACAAAAAAAUCUAUUUUAGGAGUCUCUCUCGUCUCCCACUCCCAACUGAUCCCUCCAGUGAAAAUGGAACUCAAAAAAACACAAGCACAACUUUGCCUCUAUGCAAGGUAAAAAAAAAAACGUACAGAUUUUCAAUCAACUAAAUUUUGUCAAAAAAAAAAAAAUCUUGCCGAGUGAGUCUGUGUGUUUUUUUUUGACACCUCCAGAAAGAAGAGCUUCCAAACCGGAGGAGGCUGGACCGUGCCCUACAGCGGCAGGACAGCUGGUCUAGCUUUUACACAGGUGAGCUCCAACCUGGAGAAGAACACAUCUUUUAUUCUGUUUGGACAGUAUUGUCAGUGUCCAGACAAGUGAUGGGCUGUAUCUUUAUCAUGCAGGAAAACAGGAUGAAGACCAAAGCUCAGAUAGUAUCAAGUAAGAGACUUUAAUGUCGUUUUCUUUUUCCUUUUUUUUUUUUUUUUUUUGUUUAUCUCAGCAAACACUUGUUCUGUGUGUAACUGAGAAGAAAACUAUAUGCUGCACUAUUAGGAAAGAUGCAAGCCAGCAAUCUUUUUUAGCUCUUCUGGCCCACAAUCCCUUAGCACAAGAUUUAUCACUUGGGUAGAUGCCUCUUGUAUCACACUAGAAAGAAAGUAUCUAAUUUUGGAGGAACAGGAUACAUCUGCUGUGAAAUCUGUAGCACAUGAGCCAAGCAGACAGAGAGCAAUUUUGACAGUCUCUUUGUCUGGGUUUGUUGCUUAGGAUGAAACCUAUUUUGUUAAAUCCCCAGUGCAACAUUUCAUUUCUUACAUCAAAAGAAAAAAACAGCUGUUAUAAGAACUAUGGAGAGAUAUUUUCUCAUCUUCUCAGACCUCAGGAUGGUUUCAGCGCCCUACUGAGGCGUCAUGGCGGCUCCAGGAGGAACUCCCUGCUGCGCUGGUGUCAGAGCCGUACCCAGGGUUACAAGGUUAGGGGAAAGACACUCAACACAUUCAGGAAAAUUAAAGACAAGUUACCAGCUAUGUCCUUCUUAUUUUCAACAUGUAUGUUUUCUGGCAGGAUAUUGAGAUCACAAACUUUAGCAGCAGCUGGGAGGAUGGCCUAGCAUUCUGUGCUGUCUACCAUACAUUUCUACCAACUCACAUCCCGUAUGACACCCUCAAACCAGCAGACAAGGUAAAAGUGCUGCAUUAGUUUUAGUUCCAAUCUGUCUUAAAAACUUAAAAAGUCAUCAUAGGGGCUUUAACUUUCACCUUAUUUCUUGUAGAGGGAAAAUCUAGACCUUGCUUUCAAGACAGGAGAGAGUGUGGGAAUCACGGCCACACUGGUGAGAAAUUAUGCAAAAUUCAAUCCUGAUAUCAUGAGUCACAUUUUUACAGAAAUAUACUCAUUUGGUCACUUAUAUAUUCUGGCAUAAAUUUAAGUUGUGGUCAGACACACCAUAACAUCGAGUUAGACACCCCCUCGAGAGACACACAAACUCACCCACUCUCCUCCAAUAACUGCUUGUUCGUGAGAGAGCCCUGAAGAGUUGAUCACCGAGUGCAGCAUAUCAUUUCCAUGAAGUAAUAAUCAUCAUAACAAUCAUUUUGCACUGCAGACGCAGUAGUUCUUCUGCCUUAGCAUCUCACUCUAAUUGCAUUUCCAUGAAGUAAUAUUCACAAAUGUUCUUCCUUGGGCUACGAAACUCUGCUGCACUCUGUGACCAACUUGUCAGGGCUCCCCCACAAACAAGCAGCUGCUGGAGGAGAGUGGGUGAGUAGUGUUUGGUGUCUUUCCUAAAGAAACCAGGCAAAGCUAAAAAGAUGUUUGAUGGCUAGUACUUUGACUGUUGACGAAGUUAGGUGCUGUUCUGAGCAUUAUUUGUGGCUAUAGAGUGUUUUUUUGGUUAAGCUUUACGCAUGGAGAUGUAGACCGCUGUGUAUUGCUAUUGUGCGGUCGUUGGCGAAGUUGGUAUACCUAGAGAUGCAAGCAGUUGGCAAGAAUCAUCUCUCGGGGGGGGUGUCUAACUUGGUGUUUUGAUGUGUUUGACCAUAACUUAAUUUUAUGCCGGAAUAUCCCUUUAAAUCUACUUUGCUUUAUAAAUAUGAUUCUAAUGCUACCUCUUCAUGUUGACUGUGUAUCAGACUGUAGAGGAGAUGCUGAAGUCAGACGGGCCAGACUGGCAGAAAGUUCUGGGUUAUGUCGAAAGCAUUUUCCGCCACUUCGAGAUGUGAUGUCUUCCCCUCCAUUCUGUUUGCUGUGACUGAAGGACAGACUCAGUGUUCACCACAAGAGGGAGCUGUGCAUACAAUAAACUCUGUCAGGAUUUAAAAUGUAAGCAAUAUUAGAUUUUAUAACAUGAUUUUAUGUAUGAGCAGAACAAAUUGAGUUGUUUCCUGACACCCAGAUGGACGAAACUUCAUCUUGAGGUACUUUUUCUUUUUUCAACACACCAUCUGUUCAGAUCCAAACAUUUUUAGGGUUACAAGGUACAAGUCACAAGAGGAAUCAGCACAAGUUGGGAUUCAAGGGUUACUUAAGCUUUUUUUAAAAGGUGCUGGGUGCACUAGUUUUGCCUUUUUUUUAAAAAAACAAGGAGCACUUUUUUCCAGAAAAGUAUUUCAGAAUUUGGGGCACUUUAAAGUUUCAGUUUUCUUUAGUUAUUUUUACUUAUAACCUCACCUACAAUGAUGUCUGCAUGCACCAUAACCUAUGUCUGACCUUACAAAGGACUGGAGGAGAGCUGUGAUCCCAGAAUUUCAUUGCACUUAGGAUCUUUUAAUGUAACAUGUUGCAGCGCUUGUCUGGUAAAAAAAAAUUGCUGUAAAUAAAUGUAUAUUUGUACAUGUAAGUGCUUCCAUAUUUUUAAAAACAAGGUGAACAUAUGAGUAUGUUGUUGCCAAAGCCUUAUUGCAAUAAUAAAGUGAUGUAUAUGCAA